UUACGUCAUUCAUAAGCGUCACCAGGAUUUGUAAACAUGUUGGACUGAGUCCGAAAAUGACCGCGUAUUGGAAGUAUUUGUCAAGAUUUCAUUAACUUGUGUACUGCAUUGCAUUAUGCUAGAAGACGUUUGUAAGGAUAAUUAAUUCAAGUGUUUUAAAAUAUGUGCUUUUCCAGGUCGGAGCAAAUGUUUGCUUCCUUUAAAACGUGAUGUGAAGUAAGCUAUUAGCCCCACUUGGUUCCGCGAACGUUACUUCACAUUAACGUUAUUUAACAAGCCUGAUAGCUAACGUUAAAUCUCAUAUUGACGUAUUUUCUCCCUGGUUGUUCCAAAGGUUAUAAGAACAUCAGUCUAUUAAGCAGUUUCAUUGACUAAAGGAUGACUACGCUAACGCGACAGGAUCUUAAUUUUGGCCAAGUGGUGGCAGAUAUAUUAUGCGAGUUUCUGGAGGUUGCUAUUCAUCUCAUCCUGUACGUCCGAGAGGUGUAUCCGUCGGGAAUCUUUCAGAAGAAGAAGAAAUACAACGUCCCCGUUCAGAUGUCAUGCCACCCUGAACUAAACCAGUAUAUCCAGGACACUCUUCACUGUGUGAAACCCCUAAUUGAGAAGAAUGAAGCAGAGAAGGUAGUCAUUGUCAUCAUGGACAAAGAGCGCCAUCCAGUGGAGAGAUUUGUGUUUGAGAUCUCACAGCCUCCUUUACUCUCCAUUAGCUCAGAGACUCUGCUGUCACAUGUGGAGCAGCUUCUGCGGGCCGUGAUACUGAAGAUCAGUGUGUGUGAUGCUGUUUUGGACAACAACCCGCCAGGAUGUACUUUCACUGUGCUGGUCCACACGAGGGAGGCUGCCACAAGAAAUAUGGAGAAAAUACAAGUGAUCAAGGACUUCCCGUGGAUGGUGGCUGAUGAGCAGGAGGUGCACAUGCAGGGCUCCAGACUGAUCCCACUCAAGACCAUGACCUCUGACCUCGUCAAAAUGCAGCUCUAUGUGGAGGAAAGAGCACAGAAGACAUCCUAGCUCAAGUAAUGACGGAGAAGAGGAAGCAUGUUCAACUGAUGAAUCUAAGAAGAGUGCUAAGCCUGGCUGUUUUCACCUUGAAGCUUAAAUUUACCCUUUUGAAAUCUCUUGGUCUUUUGAAAUGCUGGAUGCAAAGACACCGUGAAACUAUUCUGUGUUCUGAUGCGGACGAACUGGUUUUACCAUGAACUGCCUUCUUAAGCUCUGAAUCCUGAUCACGCUAUAUCAUUAAACCUGAAAUUGUGUCUUUUUCUUUUCAUAUUUCUUUCUCUUAUGUGUGUAUGUGUGUGUAUGCGUGUACAUUGAAUGUUGCAGAUGUUUGUUUACAAUUCAACAAGGACAAGGACGUGUCUUCACUGAAAGUUAAUGUUAUCGUGUUGUGCUCAUUUGUGAAGAAUUUAUAUCUGUUUAUUGUGAUGCUUUAAGAGAUCAUAAACAUUUGUUUAUUGAGAGUUGAGAAUAUUUGAAAUAGAAAAUUACGAUAUUUGACAGAGCGUUACAUUAAAGUUGAAAAUGUUUAAUAAAUUCAGACUAAUUACUCAAA